AAGUGCAGGAGGGGUGCGCGUUCUCGACCAAUAUUAGUUACGUUGAUAGCAUACCUAUUUAUUUUGUCAUGCGUUACUGCGUUAGUGCAUGUCGCAUGAUACUAAUAAUUGCGUCUUGCAUGUUGCAUCGUCGUUGACAAGCAGUUCACAGUUGCCGCUUGCCGGUCACUUUCGUAAAUGGUCGUUUACCGGUAGUCAGUGGAUUAGAGUUAUAGUUACCUAUUAAUUGUUGUUCAAAAUAAAAAACUCAACUGUUAUUAAAAUUAAUUAAUUUACAAUAUUUUUUAAUUUUUUUGUUUUUGUUAUUGAAAUGAAUCCAACCGAUAAUAUGGUUUACAGUGUCAUAGCUGCCGUUUCAAAGAAUGGAGGUAUUGGCUACAAGGGUAAUCUACCAUGGAAAAUUAAAAAGGAAAUGGAAUAUUUCAAUCUGAUGACUACUCGGGUGAAUCUUAAAGGCGUUCAAAAUGCGGUUAUCAUGGGUCGCUGUACUUGGCAAUCGAUUCCAGAUAAAUAUAGGCCACUUAAAGGACGAAUAAAUGUAGUAAUCUCUAAAACAUUAAACAGUGUGCCAGAAGGUGUUUUAUUGUAUCCAAAACUUGAAGAAGCCUUAAAAUCAUUAUAUUUAAAUGAUCAUAUUGAAAAGCUUUGGGUAAUUGGUGGUUCAGGUUUGUACAAUGAAGCUGUUAAUGAUAAAAAUUGCAAAAAAUUAUAUAUUACAAAAAUUGAUCAAGAAUACUUGUGUGAUACUUUCUUUCCGGAUUUUGAUACUAAAGAAUUUGAAGAAACAAGCGAAGCUAAUGUACCUAUAGGAAUUCAAGAAGAUAAUGGUAUUAAAUAUGAAUUUAAAGUUUUCAAGAGGUUAUGAUUGUUGAAGCAUAAUAUAUUGGUAUUGUUAUGUUGAUAGAUGAAUAAUAGCCAAGAGGUACUCAUGGUACAAGGUACCCAUAUAAUUGUGCAAAUAUAAUUAUUUUAACUAUAAAUAAAAUCAAUAUUUUAUACUUUUUCUA